AACCAUGGAAGUGGAAAAUCUCAGAAAAGCUUAGUGCGGUUUCCUGAUAAAGGGGGAUUCCAUAGAUGUAAUAGGCUUUGAGGAUUGUCUUCUCUGUUUUCAGCUUUAAACCAUUCUCAGUUUCUCCGAGGUUAUUUCACUCAUUUCCUUGUUUAUUUUUUCCUUUUGCUUCUGUACCGUGAAUUGUAAGCAUAAUUGGUUUAGCACAGGAAUUGUAAGGGUUUUAAGCACUUAGAGCUGCAGAAAUGGCCUUGGCCCCUAUAGAAAAAGUGGCACUGGGUUCAAUAGCCUUUGCCCUGUUCUGGGUUUUGGCUGUUUUCCCCGCAGUUCCUUUCCUGCCCAUUGGGAGGACUGCAGGGUCCCUGCUUGGGGCCAUGCUCAUGGUCAUCUUUAAGGUCAUAACCCCAGAGGAAGCUUACUCUGCCAUUGACCUCUCCAUUCUUGGCCUUCUCUUUGGAACCAUGGUGGUCAGCAUCUAUCUUGAAAGUGCAGACAUGUUCAAGUACUUGGGCAAGGUUCUCUCAUGGAAGAGUAUGGGCCCAAAGGACUUGCUCUGCAGAAUCUGUUUGGUCUCUGCCAUUUCCAGUGCUCUGUUCACAAACGACACUAGCUGCGUUGUUCUGACUGAGUUUGUCCUAAAAAUUGCGAGGCAAAACAACAUUCCACCCCAUCCUUUUCUUCUAGCUUUGGCCUCCAGUGCAAACAUUGGGUCCUCUGCAACCCCAAUUGGCAAUCCUCAAAAUCUAGUGAUUGCCAUUCAGGGGAAAAUCUCUUUUGGGGAAUUCUUGCUGGGAAUUUUCCCUGCCAUGCUUGUGGGUGCUCUUGUCAAUGCUCUGCUUCUCCUCUGCAUGUACUGGGGGACCUUGUCUGUCAGCCAGGACGAGGCAAAUGCUCUGGCUGAAGUUAUUUCGGAGGAAGAUGCGAAUGCCCACCGGUUCUCUCCCGCCACCAUGUUGCAUCUCCCUUCCCCGAAUUAUCAAGAGCCGAACUCAAUUCCGCAAACUAUGAGUCUCCAGCUCUCCCCAGACUUAAAGGGCAAUAUAGGUCACACAGAGACUACUCUCAGAAACAGAAAUGACUCAAUUGAGAUCAAUAUGCUGAUUGGAGCUCAUGAUCAGGCCACUGGGAAUUCAAAUCCUUCCAAUGGAAAAUCUUCCAAAGCAAAGAGUGGAUUGAAUGGGAGUACGGAGAUGAUGGAGAGUGGCGCUGAAGAUAAAACUUCAGAACAGUACUCUGUGGCAGGGAAGAAGACUGAGUCAUGGUUUAAGGGAAGGGAGAAGCUUGCAUGGAAGACUUGUGUUUACCUUGUUACAAUUGGAAUGCUGGUCGCUUUGCUCGUGGGCUUGAACAUGUCAUGGACUGCUCUCAGUGCAGCUCUUUUCCUUGUUGUCCUUGAUUUUAAGGAUGCCAGGCCCUGCCUUGACAAGGUUUCCUACUCUCUCUUAAUCUUCUUCUGUGGAAUGUUUAUUACGGUGGAUGGGUUCAAUAAAACAGGGAUACCAAGCACACUGUGGAACUUGACAGAGCCCUAUGCCCGGAUUAAUCAUGCUGUGGGAGUUGCAGUGCUCACCGUUGUCAUCCUUGUGCUCUCAAAUGUCGUUUCAAAUGUUCCCACCGUUCUGCUGCUGGGAGCAAGAGUGGCAGCAUCGGCGGCGGCCAUAUCUUGGAGGGAGGAGAAGAAGGCGUGGCUGGUCUUGGCAUGGGCGAGCACCGUCGCCGGAAACCUGUCGUUGUUGGGGUCGGCGGCGAACCUGAUAGUGUGCGAGCAGGCACGUCGAGCCAAGUCUGGGUACACUCUCUCCUUCUGGAGCCAUCUCAAGUUUGGUCUCCCCUCAACAAUUAUAGUCACAGCCAUUGGCUUAACCCUCAUCAGAGGUUAAUCUGUAAUGAUGGCUAGUUUUAUCUUUUGUGCAAUUGAACUGAAUCGAACCCAAAAGAUAAUACCAUCUGUACAAAUAAGAAGUUUAUAAAACUCUUUUACCCCGAAUUAGGGUACUCAAAAAGUAUUUGGAAUAAAAACUCUGCUAUUAUUGUCAUGAUUUAAA